UCACUGCGACGUCGUUAUCGAUCUCUUAACCGCGUGUUACAACAGAAAGCCCCGAAAAGCUCUAGUACACGGUCGGCGGUGGUGUUUGUGCCAAAAUUUGCAAAGUCGUCUUCUGCACUGCAGCGCACUCGACAAUGGUUGCUGUCCGCUCGGAAAAGAGCGUAUGUGUCUCGUCAUAAAAAUCGCUUUGGACGUUCCUCCUCGGUUUGCAGAUUACCUCGCUAUUUUAGUGCGGGGUUGUGAUGUGGUUGACUGGAGGGGGGUGCGCGGGGGGCAGCUAGCGGCGUGGGAGCCCCCCGGCCCCAGCAUGACGCGCGCUAGAGAAUGAAGAAGCAAAACGUUCGCACGCUAUCUCUUAUCGUUUGCACCUUCACGUACCUGCUGAUCGGCGCCGCCGUCUUCGACGCUCUUGAAUCUAAAACCGAAAAUCAACGCAAAGUCGUCCUGCAAGAAAUCCAAGCAAUAGUUAGAAGAAAAUACAACAUAAGCGACGAAGAUUUCAGGAUAAUGGAAACUGUCGUCCUGAAAUCUGAGCCGCAUAGAGCCGGCCAACAAUGGAAAUUCACUGGAGCCUUCUACUACGCGACUACUGUUCUAACCACGAUAGGUUACGGCCACUCUACACCCAGCACCAUUGCGGGGAAGCUGUUCACCAUGUGUUACGCUAUGAUAGGGAUACCGCUAGGACUCGUCAUGUUCCAGAGCAUAGGCGAGAGGGUCAACAAGCUAAGCAGUGUGAUAAUUCGGUCCGUGAAGUCUUCCUUGCACUGCCGACAAACAGCAGCCUCCGAGCUGGACCUCAUCUGUGUCGUAACAACGCUGAGUUCGUUGACGAUAGCUGGUGGUGCUGCCGCCUUCUCGCGUUACGAAGGCUGGAGCUACUUCGACUCCGUUUAUUAUUGCUUCAUCACACUCACUACUAUAGGAUUCGGUGACAUGGUAGCACUCCAAAAAGACAAUGCUCUCAGUAAAAAACCGGAGUAUGUCAUGUUUGCACUCAUCUUCAUCCUCUUUGGCUUGGCCAUUGUGGCGGCUUCACUGAACUUGCUCGUUCUUCGCUUCGUCACGAUGAACACGGAAGACGAGAGGCGGGACGAGGCGCAAGCCAUGCAGGCUCUGGCUGGCGCCGUGAGACUCGAAGGCGACGUCAUCACGGCCAAUGGCUCGAUUCUGAGCGGCCAAAUGGGCCAUCACUGUACAGAAACCACCUCCCUAGACGCUGAUGAUACCUCCGUGUGUUCUUGUCAUUGUGGCUGUUUUACUUCUAAUAGUAGGCACAGGUCGCUUUCCAGGUUCACAGUACGAAGGUCUCCCACGCAAAUCGGGCAUUUGCUCCCCGUUCUGCCAAUGCAUGAGCUUCAUCUUCCCCAAGGGAAAAUAUUGCCCCCACCGGCGAUAUACCCCAACCAUAGGGCUUCGAUAUGAUUUCCUGGGGCAUAAGCCUACAUGUUCAAUGUGAUACGUAAAAACUAGAUAAAAGUAAUCAAUUCGAACGAAACGUUAGUGGUUUUUAAUCAUCGAUUGUGUGUAAAGAUGAGAGUCGUCUCAUUUUAUGAAACAAUAACCAUAUAAUCGCACUAACUGAAACGUCUUAUGAAACAAGUAUGAAAGCACAAAUCGAUAUUUUUUCUUAAGGAUUAUUUCUAUGAUUUACGUGUUUCUCACAAUCAGUGAAUUUGUUGGAAGCGCAGUUUGUAUACAAAUUGAUGUGAUUUCGAUGUAAAUGCCAGCUCCUAGUUUCAUCCCCGAGAAGGUAUCCGUUGUCUUUUCCAUUAUUGUAGCGUGAUACUUUGGACACACACAAAGUUAUUAUACGGGUUGAGAGUCACCCACGAAAUUUGGGAUCAAAGUAACGUAGUUGCCAAAUUUAUCUCGUUUCUUAUACACUUUUGAAAACUUCCAAUAUCUAAUAAUAUCGAGUUACUAAGCCCUCAAAUCUUCCAUGAUUUAUCAAAUGUUAAAUGUCCACGUUUCAUAUCUGACGGCGAAUGCAACUUUUGACUGUUGUUAAGCGGAAAUUAAAUUACAGUUCGUUAUCAUUUGCUUCGUCGAGAAUUCUUACAUCUGCUUCUAUCAAACUUUCGUUGACUCGAAGGGAACAUAAGUAGCGUUACUGUUACUAAACUAAAACGUUUCUAAAUAGUUUUCAAAAGUGUGAACAAUAAGUAAAUGUUCUUCCGUUUCCUUGAAACAGUUGCUUCUAUUACUUGCCAAAAACCGACACUAGAUAAGUGGUGCUUCCUGAACAAUGCUAUUUACCGCACUGAGCUUAAGGGCCUCUGAAACACCCUUAAUAAAUGUUAAAAAUCUGCUCAAGUACCAUUGCAGUAUUGUUUGGUUCGAAUACUCAGUAUUAGCAUCGCAAGAUGGACUAACGUAAGGACACACUGGGCAGAUUUUCAAAGUGCAUUGUAAAUAACCAGACUGCAUUGUACAUAAUCCGAGUACUGAUUUAGUCAUUUUUGAAAACUUAGUCUUGAUUUGAGAUUGUACGUAGACUUUUGAUAAAAAUUGUUUUAAAGAAAGAACAUGUCUAAUCGAUAAAUUUCCAUGAUGGUUAUGAAUUUUAGGCCUAACAUUAACAUAACAGUAUUGCGUAGAUUUUACACUUUUACCACAAAACGUUGAAUAUGAUAUAGACAUAGAGUACAUUUCUAAAUUUUAAUCGAGGUCAUUUUAAUAAAGAGUUGUUCUUUCUGUUAAAACUUAUGUAAGUAAUGUAUAAUUUUUGAAUCAUAGUAUGUAAUUAUACUUAAAAAAUGUGUCAACCAUUUGAAAUGUUACCUAUUAAUUAAGCUUGUUUUUAUUGAAAAAUUGUAACUGCUGAACGGUUUAGAUAGGUUCAAGUUGCUGUAAAUACCACAUAAAAAUGACAAAGAAUAGGUUGUAAAGGUGUACGUAUACAUAGUCUUUCCGCCAAAUCACUGUCGAUAAUUAUUUUUCGAAUUAUAUCACCGAACACUUUACUAAAUACCCAUAGGCUAACAUUUCCACACUUCUACUGAUGAAAUAGAUUUAUGUAAAAAUUGUCAUCUAGUUUUUUAAUGUCAGUGUUUGCAUGUUGAACAGAUAGAUUUACCUCACAGAGCAAGAUAAAACUGCGCUUUUCUUCAUUUCUUGUCUUAUUAUUUUUCGACUGUCAUUGUGAUGCUAAAAACGAGCGUUAAAAAGGACCAUGUGUAAAUAAACUUUUACUAAACCAAAGAAUAUUUCUAACGGACGAUUACGAAAAAAUAGAACAGGCCGAUGCCAUAAUACUACUAUUAACUAUCCAUAAAGAUUAACAAUAAAAUAAUGAGUCACUUAAUACAAAUGAAUUGAAAUCUAUCUAAACUUUUAAGAAACUAUCUAUACUGAUAAAAAUUGUAAAUAAUUUUUAAUAAAGAAAACUGAUGACAUGUAUGCAUUAAAACCACAUGUGUACUGCCAAAUAUAAAUUUGUUUUUAUUAAAAACUAAAAAGUA